CUCCUUGUUCUUUUGCUUGUGUCCAUUCAACUUAACAUAUCAUUCACCAUGGCCUCCCAAAGCUUUUCCCUUACCGCCCUUCCUUCCGCUGCCGCUCCGGCGCAAAUUGCGACCCCUUCCAGUGAUGCUCCCGCGAAGCCCAAGCCCUGCUGCGUGUGCAAAGAAGAGAAGGCCAAGCGCGAUGAUUGCAUGCUUUUCUCCAAGUCCGAUGACCCCCAGAAGGACUGCGUGUCGACGAUAGACCAGUACCGCGCUUGCAUGGCUGGUUUCGGCUUCAAGGUCUAAAUAUAACCUUCGUUGCCAUCGAGUUGAGCUAGCGACCAGCAGCAACAGCAGUAAUGACCGACAACAUGAUGAGUCUAUAACACAAUAUCCAUGUAUAAUACUACUACAACCACACCCGUGCUGCGGCAGCACCCCCCAAGCGGCGUUUUCAUGCAUCUCAAAUCUUACUACGGCAUACAUGUGUACAACUACGACAUAGAAAAGGAGGAGAGAGAGGGACAGCUUCGAAUAUGGAUUGCCGGAGCUUAUACGGCCCUUGCUACGUUCCUACUUUUCUUCACACGCCGCCGGGACAUCGAUCUUGUGGCAAUCUCCAUGGCCUUUAACUCAGCGCGGUGGUGUACGAACUAUCUUGUCUUGCUGAUUUUAACAGUCCUCAUUCUGUUCUACUUGUUCUCUUUUCUCAAUCCAGAGCAUACGAGAUUACGACCCGAGGCCACUGUGCCCGUCAAAUGCGA